AUGAUUGGGCGAGAGGAAGCAGCGGCGACAGUGGAGGUGGGGAGAGGGGGGGGGGGCGGAAGAGGGUGUGACAGCGGUGGCAGUAGGAGGGCAGCUGCGGAGGUUGAGCUCUGCCUGGAGGAGGAAGGCAGAGACACGAGAGAACGACCACUGGUCGGCAGGGCGCUCACCAUACAAAGUGAGAGGGGUGGUGAGAGGGGUGGUGAGAGGGGAGGUGAGAGGGGUGGUGAGAGGGGUGGUGAGAGGGGUGGUGAGAGGGGUGGUGAGAGGGGUGGUGAGAGGGGUGGUGAGAGGGGUGGUGAGAGGGGUGGUGAGAGGGGUGGUGAGAGGGGUGGUGAGAGGGGUGGUGAGAGGGGUGGUGAGAGGGGUGGUGAGAGGGGUGGUGAGAGGGGUGGUGAGAGGGGUGGUGAGAGGGGUGGUGAGAGGGGUGGUGAGAGGGGUGGUGAGAGGGGUGGUGAGAGGGGUGGUGAGAGGGGUGGUGAGAGGGGUGGUGAGAGGGGUGGUGAGGAAUGGUGCAUGCAGCCAUUCCGUUCAUUUAGGAAUGGCACUGAUAGGAGUCUGCGACUGGAAGCGCUUGGUAAGAUAGCCGAGAAGGUCCUUGGCAUAGCGGAUGUGCGAGCACUGAGGGAGAAGAGUUGGAGGGAGGCUGGCAAGGAUGACCUGACAGGCACGUGCGUUGGCAACAUGCCAGUCAGCGAGAAGGUCAGAGUGAGAUGGAGCAGAGGAAAUGGGCGUAGACGUAGAGCGAGGAGAAGGGGCAGCGAGGUGCUCAGUGAGGCGCUUGCGGGUGCUCUCGAGGGACUCAGCAAGAAUACGAGCUAA